AUGUCCUUUUCCACCAUCAACAAUGUCAUUGAGACUUGGGAAACGAUCCGAAGAAUGCCCGAGUGGGAGAAAGAAGUCGGCGUUGGACUCUUUGCCAAAUUCUUCAAAAUGGAGCCUGAAGCCAAAACAAUCUUUGGAUUCCGCGAGGAUUUGGAUGUCACUGAUUACAAAGUCCUUAUUAGUCCACGAUUUGUCGCACAUGCCAUGCAAUUCGUUACAAUGAUCGACAGGGCCUUGAACAUGCUCGGACCAUCAGAUGAGAUGUUGUCGGAAGUUCUCAUUGACAUUGGAGCUAAGCAUGCAAGAUACGGUGUCAAACCAGAGUACUUUCCUACCAUGGGAAAAGCCUUGGUCUCUGUACUGAGUUCCAAUCUCGGUGAUGUAUUCACAAUGGAAGUUCAAGAGUCAUGGAUUGAAGUGUACAAUGCUCUGUCUCAUGACAUGAUCAAAGGUCACAGCGAAGUUUACACUGUUAAAAUGAACGACGCCAACAGGCAAAUUGAGCCACAACACCAAGUUGAUUCUCGAGUAUGGGCCUAA